AUGCACCCCGACGAAGGGAUCUUACCCCUCACGGUGUUCAAGAUCUCUCCAGUAGAGCAGGCUCGGUUCGCCGACCGUCUCGGCCAUUUUGACAAUUUUCACAGGGACCCUGUUGGGUCGAAACGAAGAUUAGCUAAGAUUUGCAAUGCCGCUUGCUCGGCAUUGGCCGCCGUAAAUGCGGCAAGGGAUGACAAGCACACGCACUGGGAAGUGGCUUUCGUUGUCACCCCGGUUUGGCCCCCCCUCCGUAUCCAAAUAACGCUGAGGAAUAUGGCAUCAGAGGCUGGAUGGUCAACUGGCCGACACGCGAUCAUCUGGGUGCCAGGAGCUUUGAACCUCAUUAAAAUGAAGCUGGUCUCGGUAGAAGCGAUUUCUCCGCGCAAAGAAGUCAGAGUCAUCCUGCAGGCCUUCACAUGGUCGCAUGAACCGCUCAAGCGGCUGGUUCAGCGGUUCGGGCGGGAUGUACCAGGGUCCCGAGCCUUCGACGUAUGCGUCCGUCUCGGCAAAUCCACAAAGUCGGCAAACCCGGUGUAUGAUACUGUGGCACGGAUGGACGUUUUCGACAAUGUGAUGCCGCGCACCCUGGCUGACCAGCUGAUCACCAUCCUCUAUGCGAACCAGCGACUUGGCACUAGCGAUGAGCCUCAUCUUAAGUCUCUUCCACCACCCUCAGGCGAGGAACGCUCCUUCCGCGUUAAAGGACGUUCAGUAGCACUCACGCCUGACCAACGGGUCGCAGUUCGUGUCGGAACCGGAAAAAUUCCCCUGGUGGCCAUACAGGCUGCGUUCGGAACCGGGAAGACCCUCGUCGGAGCCAUAAUAGCUGCGUUGCUAUAUGGGGACAGCGAGAGCAUAGUAAUAGUGACGACCUCAACUAACGCAGCAGUGGCCCAAUUCACGGACACAUUACUGUCUCUUGAGGAUUUUCCUCAGAUGCGAGUGGUGCGGCAUAUCUCUGACACAGCGGCGGCCGAUAACUUGACUCCGACUCCUGUUGACCUUAGUAAGGUACUGAAGUCGCUGGGAAGUGACUUCAAGGACCAGUUGUCGGAGGAAGAUCUCGAGAGGUGCGAGCUGUUUAAAGGGUAUCGCGACAUUAUUGAAAGUUAUAUUGAGCAUCCGGAAGCGAUCCCCAAUAUGACGGACGACCAGAAGGACGAGUAUGAGAUCGCGGAACAGUACGUUUCGCGUAUGCUCAAGCGCAUGGUGAAGAUCAUGUUCAGAACAAGGCGUCCUUCGGUCCUCUGCAUGACAACAUCAUCCCUUUUGAAUUCCACCGGUCGCAAGGGGAUCUUCAAAUCCUACAUACGCGACUUCAGGGUAGUAAUUGGGAACGAGGCGUCGCAGAUCCCGGUGCCGGCUCUUCUCACGAUCGCUAGCCGUCUUCCACACGCUCGCCAGGUUUAUAUAGGGGAUGUGCACCAGCUCGCUCCGCACGUUAAAUGCCAACCGACGUCCAACCCGGCCGUCCACGGAGCGCGCAGUGUCAUGGACUUGCUCCUCCACGCCCCAGCAGUACCCGUAGCGCCGCUCAUCACCACCUUCCGCGCUCACCCGGCACUGCUGGCUCUCCCCAACCGCAUCGCAUACGAUGGGCAGCUGGUCAGCGGGACCCCUGUGGAGGCCCGUAGUCUCCUUGUGUCGAGAAUGUACUUACCGACUCCUGAAGUCCCGUUCAUCUUUGUAAAUGUAGCGGGCAAAUCGGCGAAGGCCCCUAGUAUGCCCCAUUUUAAUGAAAAUGAAAUUUCAGCAUGUUUAGGCGUUUUGCGCAAGCUCCUGGGUUUGGGUAUCGCCCCGCAGGACAUCUGCGUGAUUACCUUUUACAGGGAGCAGUAUCGUCAGAUGAAGCCGCACGCCGAGCAGUACAACGUCGAGCUCACCACCGUGGACUCCGUUCAGGGCCGAGAGGAAGAGGUUGUUCUUUUGCUCACUACAAAAACUAAUUUUAAUCCAGAUAAGGCCACCUUCAUCAACGACUACCGACGCCUAAAUGUGGCUACCACCCGCUGCCGCUAUGGCCAGUUCGUUUUUGGGCAUGCGAAAUCGCUCCGGGCACUGCCGACAUGGAACACCCUGCUGCAAUGGGCUUAUUCACUCCGCGCCGUCGUCACUCAAUCGCAAGCACUCCGGUACUUUGAUCCGUGA